CCUCCCGUCAAGCGUGGCUAAUCAAGGCACGAAAAGGUGAGGUUUGUCAUCAUUUUAUUGCAUUUAAUUCUGUUUAUUUAACGUAUAUCUCUUCGUAAUCAUAGUGAAUUUGGUACACCGUGUUAAGAUUUCAGUGUGAACUUACAUAAACUCGUGAAAAAACAGGAAAAUGAGCAGCUCGGAGGAGGUAUCAUGGAUUUCAUGGUUUUGCGGGCUUCGGGGAAAUGAGUUCUUUUGCGAGGUGGAUGAGGAUUACAUUAACGAUAAAUUCAACUUGACGGGACUAAAUGAGCAGGUGCCACACUACAGACAAGCCCUGGAUAUGAUCCUGGACUUGGAACCUGAUGACGAUCUUGAUGAUAACCCCAACCAGUCUGAUCUUGUGGAGCAAGCCUCCGAGAUCCUCUAUGGACUGAUACACGCUCGCUACAUUUUAACAAAUAGAGGCAUUGGACAAAUGUUAGAGAAAUUCCAAGCGGGCGACUUCGGUCAUUGUCCCCGAGUGUACUGUGAAUGCCAACCCAUGCUUCCACUAGGUCUAUCGGACGUUCCCGGCGAGGCGAUGGUGAAGCUGUACUGUCCGCGCUGCAUGGACGUGUACACGCCCAAGUCCUCGCGGCACCACCACACUGACGGCGCCUACUUCGGGACCGGCUUCCCGCACAUGGUAUUCAUGGUCCAUCCCGAGUACAGACCCAAGCGGCCCGCUUCGCAGUUCGUGCCUAGGUUGUACGGAUUCAAGAUCCACCCGCUCGCAUACCAGAUCCAACAGCAGGCGGCGGCUAACUUCAAGGCGCCGCUGCGGAGUCUCUCGUAUAACAACGAAAUGAAGACUUCGAGUAACAUUCCAAAAUGAUUAUUUAGCCAACGUGUGCGCCGCUCGCAGGGCACGUGACAGGGCAUAGCUCCCUGCAGCGGACUGAGCAAGUGACCUGCGCCGACGCCUCACUUGUACAACCUAUCUGUCUACUACGAGUAACAUUCAUUACGAUAAUAUUUAUUAUUUAAACAUUAAUUUACUUCCCAUAUAACAAUACAGUUAUGUUUUAAAUUCAAUAAAGUUUAUUUUUACGUUUUCUGUAUAAUAUGUUUUUCAUUUAUUUUGUGUGUAAAAUAGUUUUGACAUGAUGUUGUAAUAAAAGAGACUUUUUUUAUAAA